AUACUACAAAUCUCAUCAUACUAAAAAAUAAUAUCAAUAUGGAUUCAUCAGAAUUUCAUUUUGAUAUCGAAGUUUACAAAAGGCAGUCUCAAAUUGAAGAGAAGUAUAUUUUGAACCGGUUUAGAGAGCGUCGAGACGAUAUAGAAGAAGACUAUGCACCUCAUAGCAAGAGAAAAUACUUCAAGAGAGAUCAUGUAGCUUUGGAAGUGGUCAACAAAGAAUGGAAUGAAUUCAAACAAUUCAAGGAGCAAGAGCUUGAAAGAUUGGACAAAAUCACCAUGAGACAAGAGGAGACAAACCUAAUAAUGAAAGAAAGGACUGAAGCUAAGAAAAUGAAGAUGUUUAUGAAGCUAAGUGAAGAAGAGCAUCUCGAUGACUAUAGCAAAGAGUUGUUGAAGAAAUUAAACGAUGAUAUAUUCAGAAAUUAAUUAGUGUCAAAUGCUUCAUGUAUGGUCAGAUAACAAAGACAUGCUCUUAAUGCUGGAUUGUGUCUUCUGAGGAACCCGUGACGUCAAUGAUCGAGUAAAGACAGUGGAAGAUUCUUAUUUCCUCAUGUAUGUGCUUUUGAAGGUGUUCAAGGAGAUUUCAAGUGUAGCAAACUUCUUUAACAGAUUUGGAUUGUAAUUUCCUUGAAUCUUGAAAGUAUUUGUUUUGCGUUAUGCUCUAAACCUUUCGUGAUUGUUAUAAACAUGUGAAUGAAAUCCUAGAAUUCUGCAUCAUAUACGAAGAAAAGGUAGAUUUUACUUUGGCUAUAGGGAUAUUACUUUGUGAGUUUAAAUCACUUAUUAUCUGUCUUUUGGUGUUUGUAUGUAUAAUAAGUCUGUCAUGUUAUG